AACCGCCCCGCCUGCAAUCCGUAUGUGAUUUCUGCUACGAGAGAAGCGAUGGAGGGUUGGAAGGUGGAUUCGUGGAUUUUUGCUUGACAUGCACCAGAAUCUCCGUUAUUUGUUGGAAUAGUUUGUACACUUGCGUGGAGGAUUCUCCUCUACCUGCAAAAUGCCAUUUGCCAAGCGGAUCGUGGAACCGCAGCUGCUGUGCAGACAUCCUAUUCCUAACGACGAAGGGUUGCUUUUCGAGGAUCUGGGCUCCGUCAACAAUGUUGUUCUCUCCAGGUCCUUGCGACAGCUCUCCGACCUGGCCAAGCACGCCUGCUCCAUAUUUCAGGAGCUGGAGAACGAAAUCGUUUCCACGAACCAACGGGUUCGGGUUCUGCAAAAUAAAAUAGGCAAAAUUCAGCAGACCGCGAGCGCGCUGGAUCCCAAACUGGAAGCUGUGCCCGUGUCUAAUCUGGAUAUUGAGAGUAAGUUGACACUGCACUACCAGGCUCCCCAGACUCCAUGGCACCAGCAGCACAACAUGUUUCACCACGGCACACGGCCGCCAUGCCUGGAGGAGCUACACCACCAAGCCCAGCUCCAUCUGCGGGCGCUGCACAGAGAUCAGCCACAGCAUCAGCAUUCAACCAGCAGGGAACACAAUCGGGUCACUAUAUCCAUCUCUGUGGCCCCACCCAUGCCUACAUUCCCCUCCCCUCACUCCCUCAGGAGGCGGGAUCAGAGGAGCCGGCAUGCCCGUAUGCAGGACAGAGCUGAAUAUCAGACACUGCAUAGAAAGGAGAGGAGCACCAGGGAGUCGGACAUGCAGGCUUUGCCCAGCAAGCCCGUCCCGCAGGAGAGGCCUGUGAGAGAGGUGGAGUUUCAGCCAGCACAGAGAAAGCAUGAGCCAUCACGUCUCUCCUCCCCUACAGUGUGUUGCCCACUCAUCCCGUGGGUCCGAAAGGCUGGAACCAGUACGACCAUGGAUGGUGCUGAGGCGGGUCUCAGUCACAGGCCCAAAUGCCCUGUGCCCAGUGUGCCCACCACGCUGGACAAACAGACCAACUGGUCCAAAGCCCUUCCGCUCCCCACCCCCGAGGAGAGGAUAAAGAAUGAGUCUCAAGUCAUCUCCUCCUGCAUCAUCCCUAUUAAUGUCACCGGUGUGGGAUUUGACCGUGAGGCCAGUGCUCGCUGCUCCUUAGUGCACUCACAGUCUGUGUUGCAGCGGCGGAGGAAGCUGAGGAGGAGGAAGACCAUCACCGGAAUCCCCAGACGAGUACAACAGGACAUGGACUCAGAUGAAUCUCCUGUGGCCAGAGAGAGAACUGUGGUGGUCCAUGUCAACCCACACAUGUCCCUGUGCCAGGAGGAGCUCUCGCUUAGUGGCCGAGCCCUAAACACCAAAGACUCUGGCUGCCAGACAGAUGACUUCCUGAUUGGUGCCCCAUCCCGGAGGCGCAUACGUGCCCAGAGGGGCCAGGGAAUUCCCACCUCCCUCUCCCACUCCACAGGAAAUAUCACUUCCUUACCAGAUCGCUCUGAUGCAACGUACACCACUGCAUCCGGCACUCGCCUGCGUUCAAGAAGUUUACCCCGCGAAGGCGGCCGACUCCGGGACAAAGACCAUGAUGACAGCGACGAUGACGAUGAUGAGGAAGAUGAUGAAGAGCUCUCUCCUUACGAGACUGAGGACUUCCUGCCAUGUCCUGGGCAGAGGGCUCUAAAAGAUGAGGAGGAGAGCACAGAUGACCAGGCCAUGCCCGAGCUUCAGCUCGGGAGCUUGAAGCGGAUGCAGCACUCUGGUAGUCCCAAAAAUGCCUGGAUCGAGAGAGGGAGGUCCAGGCUCCCACGCAAAGCUGACAUGGGUAGCUGUGAGAUCUCCUCCAGCUCAGAUACCUUCAGCAGCCCCAUUCACUCUGCCUCCACCACAGGUGUGCUCGGAAGCCAGAUUGACCACAAGGAAGACCACCAGUCAUCAAGUGGCAACUGGAGUGGAAGCAGCUCCACGUGCCCCUCCCAGACCUCGGAGACAAUACCGCCAGCUGCCUCACCUCCGCUCACUGGCUCCUCCCACUGUGAUUCGGAACUGUCCCUCAACACGGGGUCUCAUAUCAUUGACGACACCACUGGCUUCAUCAUCGACCCCGACCACAUGGACAGGCCACAAGGCCAGGGCCACAGGUCCAGCUCCUUCACCUCCUCAGCCACAGAUCAGAUGGACGAUGCAGGUGUCAGUACUGCUAGUGAUGGGGAGUGGAACUGCCACCAAGAGCAGCAGGAUCAGCCCUGUCUGCAGGACUUCAGCCCAAAGCACUCCAGAGAGGAUGAGAGCGGCCUGAGCUGUCCCAGUUAUUCCAGUGGGGAAACGUAUGAGAGCUUCAGUGGCCAAACGCCAGCCGAGAAAUCCGAGAGCUCUACCCGUUACACCGUUGAUACUGGGGGAUACUACACCUCCAUGCACUUUGACUGUGGUCUUAAAGGUAGUAGAUGCUAUUACAACUAUGCAGCCAUCGACCCCGACUGUGGCCCAAGUGGAAACAUUGCACCUGGCAUGGGAGAAUACCCUCCACCAGACUACCAGGGAACAAGGACACUGGGAAGACAGUGUCUCUCCUUACGAAAACCAAAGGCCAAGCCUCCCCCACCAAAACGUAGCUCUUCAUUAAAGGAAGCAAGCAGCAGCACAGAUGUUCCAGAGCAGAAUGAACCAAAGAUUAUGAGUGAGCUGCCCCUGCCGUUGUCUUCCAGGGAAAUGAGGCUGCAACUAAACUUGGCCGGAUCUGACGAGCGUCUGAAUGCUGCAGGUCUCUGUGACGAGACCCUUGGCAGCUGGGGUAUAGAGAACGUCAGAGAAAUGCUCGACUGCUCCUCUCCGUUCAGUUCCUCCGACACACAUUCCUUUAAGGAUGAGGGUGCAGUUCAGUCAGACUAUGCAGACCUCUGGCUCCUCAAUGACUUGAAAUCCAAUGAUCCUUACCGGUCGCUGUCCAACUCCAGUACCGCUACGGGUACAACUGUUAUUGAAUGUGUCAAGUCACCAGAAAGUGUGGACACUCAGGCCUGUUGCCCCAGGUCCAGACCCACCUCGCCCACAAUCCCUCCACCGGAGGCUGAAUACAAGAUAGGCUCUCCUGAGAAGCUCGCAAGCUUGGCGUCCCCUUCCAGUGGAUAUUCCAGCCAGUCAGAGACGCCUACAUCUUCCUUUCCUUCUGCAUUCUUCCCAGGACCUCUGUCCCCAACCAGCGGCAAGAGGAAACCCAAAGUACCAGAGAGAAAGUCCUCACUUUCUUCCCUCCAGCAGCAGCAACUUGCCCUUCGAGACUUAGGCUGUUCCUCCAGGAGGGAUACUGACACCCAGGCCAUGCCUCCCAGUCACCUUGACCUAAGUGCUCUUCACAUCAAGCCGUUUGUCCACAGGACCCACAUGCAUGUCCUCCACCAGAACAAGCAGAAAGCAGCAGUGGCAGCAGAGGCUCGUGCCGCAGCUGCCACAGACAGUGCAGAGGCGGCUAGCUCCGCCCAUCUGGCCAUCACUCCAACUGUUCUGAGAUCAAUCCAAUUGCGAUCCAUCGAAAGAGCGGCUGAGUGGAACCAGGGGCAUGAGCAGUUCAGUGUGCAUCCCUCAACACGUCCCAAGUGUCCCACAGUUACAAUAGAGACCCCACCGUCUGACAACAGGUACAACAGGAAACCACCAGCCUACAAACCACCUGUUGUGCAACAUUGUGAGGCCCAGUUCUCACCUGCAGAGGGCAGCAUUGCACCACACGAGGGGAUAAAAAUAAGGCAAGAGAGGCAUGGUCCAGGAACUUACUGGGCAAUGACAGCUUUCAGAACACCUGUGGAACCAACCCACCCACCUGAUGAUCUGUCAAUUCCAAGAUCCCAAGGCCCUGACACCCACAGUGCCCAGCAGAGUGCAGAGGGCAGCAGGUGUCCAGAUGACCAAACAACAGUAUUGGCAGAAAAUGUCAAAGGUGAACACAGUCAAGCACCCAGGCCAGACCCAUUGGCAGAACCUUCUUUGUGUUUGAGCAGCACAAUGUCUCCUCCUGCUUAUAGCGAAAUACACAGGAGUGACUUUGUAUUGUGCCACAGCCCUGACAAAGUGCCUGCUAUUAGUUCAGAAAUAUCAUCGCACACUUACACAAUCAGCGAAGCCGGAAGCAAAGAGGAGGAGUAUGAGACAUCAGGUGUCACUACCAGAAGUGCCUCACAAGAUGGACGCGAGGAUGAGUCAACCCCAGAUACAGAGGACUACUUCAGCAAAGACUCAACACCCAGUGACAAUUCAAUUUCACCUCAAACUGAUGACUCAAAAACCGAUGACGAUAGUAUAUUUCCUUCACCUAAUAAAGUACGCACAACUGAAGAUCUCUUUGCUAUGAUCCACAGGUCAAAGAGGAAGGUUCUUGGGCGGAAGGAUUCAGGGGAGCUCACCGGUAAGAGUCGCAUUGGCGGCACUCAUGUGACAGCCCCUGUCAGUAACCCUGUGCCAUGCCCAGUCACCCCAGUAGCACCAGUGCCCCCUACAGGUUCCCAGCGAGCCUCAGGACCCAUUUACAGGAGUGCCAAAAAGUCCAGCACCUCCAACGAAGAGUUUAAGCUUCUUCUGCUGAAGAAGGGCAGCCGCACCGACUCCAGUUACCGCAUGUCUGCCACGGAAAUCCUCAAAAGCCCCAUCACCCCCAAAUCCCCGGGGGAACUGCUACUGGAGGCUGCAAGGCACCAGGAAGAAACUGCUUCACCACAGCAAGAGUCUCCAUCCAGCGUCGAGCCCCUUCUGAGCCUCCCCAGCCCAUUGCCCAAGGCCAACACUGAAGGGUUCUCCACCAAAACCCUGGUGAUGUCAGCCGCCUCGAGGCAGGGCCGCUCCAGAAUCCCUCCGGCAGCCAACAGCAGCAGGUACAGCACUCGCAGCAGGCUAUACACAGCCCCCAUGCAGGCCAUCUCUGAAGGAGAGACUGAAAACUCAGAUGGAAGUCCACAUGAUGACCGGUCCUCCUAGGGGUUGGGUUUACUUCCGAUUUUUUUUUUUUUUUAACCAACCAACAAAACAUCAAAUCCCUCAGAAUAAGAAAAAGAUAUUUUAACUAAAGAACAAAUUAUGUUACAGACAUUUAAAUAAGUUUUCCCUCUUAAGUAUCCCAUCGUAUCUUAAGAUUGAAAAAAUUCCUUGGUCACUUUGAACUUUUUGUAUUUUAUGAAUUGAGAGAACAUAUGUUUUAGCCAUUGUUUUUUUUCUACCACAUGCUAUGGGAACUGAUAGUGGUUCUCUUAUAAAUGCUUGCCAUCUUGACAUUCCUGAAGAAACAAAACCAUAGCUAGAAAGUGAAGGAUAGACAUUUGUUUGCCUACAUAGAAAACAUAUUCCUUUAUUUUUAGAAUUUAAUGGCGAAUGGAUUGACUGAGUGUUAAUGUGUUUAUUUUUGGUGAAAGGCUAAUAGUCUGUGUAGUUUUGGACAUGAACCUGCUAAACUCCCAGUGAGGAAGAGUCGAAUCUGCACCACCAUCCCUGAGGCCAGCUAGUAUUUACAGAAGAUCACAUCAGAUUUACAUAUUCCUAGUAGGUGUUAUUUGUAGCAUUGUUAUAUGAAGAAGUGUGUUGCAGUACCAAAACCUUACUUGCCUAUGACAGUGAUUCCUAACUGGGACUUUAGCUGGGCUUACAUAGGACAAUCGCACUGUGACCUUUUCCAACAGGAGGUCUGGGAAUGCUGGAGAACUGUUCUCCAGGCUCAUUGGUAAAUGUUAUAGACAAAAUCUCUAUAUUGAGAAAUGAAUUGGUUUGCAAAUCUGCAAAUAUUUUGCACUCGUCUGAAGAUUAUUCCUUUAAGACAACUGCAUUAAAUGAAAUGCUGUAAUGUAUAUUUAUUAGACAAACAAGGCCACGUGUGAUCCAUCCAGUGUAAGAGUAGUUCUCACCCAUGAUCUGUGAGGUUAAGAUAUUUCCUUGUAUUUUAGGUUACUGGUUAUCAUGUUGUUUUUAAAUAGGACCGUCCAUUAGAAUACCAACAAACGUUUACACUAACAGAGGAAAUUUGUAAGAUAUUUUAUUUUUUAGUGCACUUAAAUGGGCUACUUAUAAUGUGUAAAUUGUUUUCAGGUAUAACAUGUAACAACCUUAACAUACAGAGGCCAAUGUCUAAGACAACUAUUGCAACUAUCGUAAAACGAGUUCAGAGAAACAACACAAUUGAAAUCUUCACCUGUAUUCUAUGAAUACCCUAACAAUUGUGCGAACUUUUUAGUUUGAGUGGGAUGUUUGCACUUUUGCAAUGAAUUGUUCUACUCAAGAACAGAAGUCUUCUUUCUUUUUCUUUUUUUUUUUUUUUUUUUGAGGUCAAAACUCAAAGAAAAUGAGCAAGAUUUGUCAAACUUACACUGUGCCAUAGAGAGUGGGGGAGACAAGCUGUGAACCGAAUCAGUUUUCAUUCCAGAUCAUCCUUUUCCACUGAGCACUGACAUGGUGCUUGCAUUCUUUCAUCGUUUUUGUCUUCUCUACAGCAUGCAAUAAGAAUUCAUAAGGACAUAUUCAUAUGAGAAAAAAAUAUUCACUUGAAUUUGUUAAGUAUGUGCUAUGUUUAGUAGAUGUACAAAAUGUUAAAGUUUUCUGUUGAGAUUUGGGUUUUCGUAUUGUGUGCAUAGACUGAGCUGUACCCCUAUGUGGGAGAACUGGACAAUCUCGAUAAAGCACUGUUUGUGUAAAAGAAAAAAAAAAACACAGUAAAAGACAGCAGUAUAUAUUUGUGGACAGGGUUAGAGUAAUGUCUUUAGGUGAUGCCUGUGUUUGUUCUGGGGUAAGAUUGUGGAAAAUAAAGGUGUAAAAAGGAUCAACUUGGAAAUACAGUAGAAGGACAGCUGUGUUUAUGUAGCCGUGUCCCUCAGUAUCUCUGACGAUUACUGAUUUGCAGUUCUGGAAAGCUGUAUUGUUCAUUACGUGUAUAUAUGUGGUUCUGUGACUAACAAAAAUAUGAUUAUUCUGCCUUUUAUUUUCCAGACUGUUGAAUUGCCGUGUACUGUAUGUCACGUCAAUACCUUGUAGUACUUUUGUAUACACACACACACACACAAAACGCUCCAUGCCAGAGUAACAUUCAGUAUAUGAAUGAGGCUCUGCAUGAGUUCUCUCAUUGUUUACACAGGUAGAUAACAAGGAAAAAACAUUCACAGUACCAUAAGAUUUUCCUUUGUUUUCAAUCUCAUUGGAACUUAAGUUCUGUUCUUAGUUUCAAAUCCAAACUGAAGAAAUGCGGGCUGUCCCUUUUCUGUGUGUGGUCACAUGCUUUGGGGUCAAACCUAUAAAACUAUGAACUCUAUUAAAUCCUCUAUUAGAUUUCAACAUUUAAUAAGAAAAAAAUAAAAUAUUUUUAAUGAUGGGAUAUUUUAUCCAGAGAAUUAUUUUGUUAAUAAAUGUAGAAAAGAAUAAUGAUAAAGCUUUAUUUAACUAAAAAUGACUGAACAUAUUUCAUAUCAGGGGUGUAUUAGCCAAUGGAAAGUUAAAAUACUGUACUUAUGAAUCUUUCUAAUUAGCUGUAAACUUGCAUUAUUUACAUAUAUGCUGUAUGAUAUACAAUUCUAGUCAACUGGUUUUGGUGCUCGGCGCUAACCUGCCCAGGCAAUGUUUAUGUCACUGUUGUUCUCAUAAAAGUUGCUUUGGUUUAUUCCUGUUUUAAAUCUUUCAUCAAAGCUCAUUCACACCAACUUGAAGUUAUUGUAGCAAUGCAUGCGUACAUUUUCACUUUUUUCCUUAUUUUUCCCAAGACGCUGCAGUAGCCGGAUUUGAAGAUUUUAUCGGCCUAAAGAGCAUUGGUUUUUCCUCUUUAGGAGGAACCGUGAGCUGAAAGGCCUUCUGGAAUAUUUCCUGUUUAAGUGAUAGUUUUACACUGAGCUGUUGUCACCACAGUGUAGGACUGUUUUACUGUUCCGAAUAUACCACAGUUACAGAUCCAUGGUGCGUUUAACACAUCUGCACUCUGCAUUUCCCGUUAUUUUCCAUUCCUGCACUGCAUCUGAAGUGUUCACUUUGCACCGUUCUUGUGUAUUUUCCGUUUAUUUAACAACUACAAGUAUCACGUAAAGUAUCACACUGCACAAAUGGGGAAAAACAUUCUGCUUUUGCCAAAGGGUUUUCCAAUGUGGACCGGUGUGAAAGGACAUAACAAAAGGAAGCUAAACAGAACUUGUAUGAAUAAGUGGGGGUUAUACUGCAGAAGUCUCUGUAACCCGAAGCUCUUUCUCAAGCUUCAUUUCAAGACCUGCAUCUAAUUUGUAUUUUUGUAUAAACAUGUACAUAUGAUCUUUUUAAAGAAACAAAAAAAUGUUGCAGUUGUUUCUUUUUGUAAAAUGUUUUCAAAGUUUACAUUAAUUCCAAGCCUUUGUAUAUUUUUGAGCAGUGCAACACUCUCGGUCCUUGUAUUUAUUUUUUAGUAAACAUUGUGACAAUUCCACUGUAAAUUUGAUCCAUUUCUUGCCAGCUCAGCUGGCCUGCUCGGUAAUUGUGCAUAGAGAAGGCCAAUA